AUGGCUGCAAGCAUCAUGCCCAUAGUUAGCAAGGCUUAUUGUUCAUCUUCUCAGGUGGUUCUUGAUGUUCGAUCGAGGCCACAUGUUGUGAGUGGUGGAGGUUUCGUGGUCACAGAUUGUAGCCAAAAGGUUGUUUUCAGGGUAGAGGGUUGUGGAACUCUUGGCAAAAAAGGGGAGCUGAUUCUAAAGGAUGGUGAAGGAAAUGAUUUGCUUCUCAUCCGCCGAAAGGGAGGUAUAGUUGAAGCACUAAGCAUCCACAGGCAAUGGAGAGGCUACGCUUUGGGCUACCAAGGAUCUCAAAAGUUAGUUUUCAGCUUGAAAGAGCCAAAUUCAUGUCUUGUACAGAACAAUCCGAUCAGAAUCUCCAUUGAACCAAGUCAAUGCAGCAAAUACUCUAGUUAUGAGAUCAAGGGGUACUUUUCUGAAAGAGAUUGCAGCAUCAUGGGCUCCAGAGGCAACAUAAUAGCACAGGUUGGAGUGGAGAAAGUGAUGGUGAGCAAGGAUCUUUAUCAUGUAGUGGUGAAGCCUGGCAUUGAUCAGGUCUUCAUUUUUGGAAUCAUUGCCAUUCUUGACUACAUAUAUGAUGGCUCUACCAGAUGCUGA